GGCAGCUUGGUUCCUGCGCGGAUGCUGGGGCUGUAGGCGCCGCGCUUUCGGCUCGUUGCCGCUCACAGGGAAGAGGACGCCGGGGCUCGCUUUCCCUCCGCUGCCUCCGCCACUGCCAUGAUUCCAGUGUCGCUGGUGGUAGUGGUGGUGGGCGGCUGGACUGCCGUCUACCUGACCGACUUGGUACUGAAGUCAUCUGUGUAUUUUAAGCAUUCUUAUGAAGACUGGCUGGAAAACAACGGAUUGAGCAUCUCCCCUUUUCACAUAAGAUGGCAAACUGCUGUUUUCAAUCGUGCCUUUUACAGUUGGGGACGGCGGAAAGCAAGGAUGCUUUACCAGUGGUUCAAUUUUGGAAUGGUGUUCGGCGUAAUUGCCAUGUUCAGCUCUUUUUUCCUCCUCGGGAAAACGCUAAUGCAGACUUUGGCACAGAUGAUGGCUGACUCUCCCUCUUCUUAUUCUUCCUCCUCAUCUUCCUCUUCCUCUUCCUCCUCUUCCUCUGCUUCUUCCUCUUCAUCAUCUUCCUCUUCCUCCUCCUCUUCCUCCUCCUCCUCACUUCACAAUGAGCAAGUGCUACAAGUUGUGGUUCCUGGUAUAAAUUUACCUGUCAACCAACUGACCUAUUUCUUCGCUGCAGUUCUCAUUAGUGGUGUUGUACAUGAAAUUGGACAUGGGAUAGCAGCUAUUAGGGAACAAGUUCGAUUUAAUGGCUUUGGGAUUUUUCUCUUCGUUAUUUAUCCUGGGGCAUUUGUUGAUCUGUUCACCACUCACUUGCAACUUAUAUCACCAGUCCAGCAGCUAAGGAUAUUCUGUGCAGGUAUCUGGCAUAAUUUUGUCCUUGCGCUCCUUGGUAUUUUAGCUCUUGUGCUCCUCCCUGUAAUUCUCUUGCCAUUUUACUACACUGGAGUCGGGGUGCUUAUCACUGAAGUUGCUGAGGACUCACCAGCCAUUGGACCCAGAGGCCUUUUUGUGGGAGACCUUGUCACCCAUCUACAGGAUUGCCCUGUUACUAAUGUACAAGAUUGGAAUGAAUGUCUAGAUACCAUCGCCUAUGAGCCCCAAAUUGGUUACUGUAUUAGUGCAUCAACUUUACAGCAGUUAAGCUUCCCAGUUAGAGCAUACAAACGGCUAGAUGGUUCGACCGAAUGCUGUAAUAAUCACAGCCUCACGGAUGUGUGCUUUUCCUACAGAAAUAACUUUAAUAAGCGUUUGCACACAUGUUUACCUGCCCGGAAAGCAGUUGAAGCCACACAAGUUUGUAGAACCAAUAAAGAUUGUAAAAAAAGUUCAAGUUUCUGUAUAAUACCUUCUUUGGAAACUCAUACUCGCUUAAUAAAAGUGAAACAUCCACCUCAAAUUGAUAUGUUGUAUGUAGGCCAUCCACUGCACCUUCACUACACAGUGAGCAUCACCAGUUUUAUCCCACGUUUCAACUUUCUAAGCAUAGAUCUGCCUGUGGUUGUGGAGACAUUUGUCAAGUACCUGAUUUCCCUCUCAGGAGCUCUAGCUAUUGUUAAUGCAGUGCCCUGCUUUGCUUUGGAUGGUCAGUGGAUUUUAAACUCUUUCCUAGAUGCUACCCUUACCUCAGUGAUUGGAGACAAUGAUAUCAAAGAUCUGAUAGGAUUUUUCAUCUUGCUCGGUGGUAGUGUACUUUUGGCUGCCAACGUGACCCUGGGACUCUGGAUGGUUACAGCACGGUAAUAUUUGCAUUCAUCUUGCAGAAUGAUACUUCAUAUGAAAUAGAAAGCAUUUCCUUAAAAUUAUAUUUUAACCAACGACUUUAAGCUCCUCCUGUAUCAGAAUAUCCAAACUCUGGGAUGGGGGAUAAACAGAAGAAAUGAAAGGCAUAGUCUCUGACUACAUCCGACUUUUAAAGACUGAACUUAACAAACUUCAGAUGCUUGUGGAACAAUUUCUAAACAAGUGAAAAUUCAUGUUAAACCAUUUUAUGUGACUACAGAUCACAUUGCAGUAGUGUAAAGGAGAACAGAAUUGGGUGGAAUUAAUCGGGGAAAACUUUUUGAAAAAGCAUCAUUAAUCCAGAUUUGAAGAAGACCAGACUCUGGCCAAGUGGAAGGCUACCUCUGUGGGUCCACAGAAGACUUGGUAGUACAGUGAGAAUGGCUACACAUGAGUACAGAUGUGGAUUUGCCAGAGCCUGGGAACUGACUCUUGAGCCCAAAAGAGCCCUGAGUAGUUCAAGGUCUUUUGAACUGGAGCUGGAGCCCUGGAAGAUCCAGGAAGUCACCUCAGGCCACUGUGAACUCUUGGUCUUCUAAGUGUCUGAGCGUGCUGUUCUUUAAUGAAAAAUAUGUUCUUCCCUCAUACACUCAAGAACAUUAACAACUGUGUACCCAACUUUUUCACUAAGUGAAGCAUUCCAUGGGGUUCACCUUUUUCUGAUCAUUGAGCCGCACUUCAGGCAAUAAAGGUUUUUAAUCAUUUUUAAGAAACUCUUUAGACUGUAUGCAAGUUUGCCUGCCUUCUUAAAUUGAAAUUAUUUAUUGAGUAUAAUGUUAAGAUUUUAUUAAUGACUUGAGGUCAUCAGUUAAACCAUACAAGUUAUUCGUUUAUCCCAGAAAAAAGGUGGUGGUUCUAUUCUUAGGUAGAUAGUGAUUCAGGAUCAAAGUCUUAGCAGAGAGCUCAGACCUGUUUAGGUAGUAGAGCUUGGGGAAUGCCAUGAAAUACUUGCAUAAUUAAUUUGAUUACAUGAACUAUGCAGUUUACUAAUGAAUAUGUCGUAUAUGUGCAGAUCAGUUUUUUAAAACAGAAAAAAACUUAAAUAGAGGAGCUCCUACCCAUUAACUUCUUUUUCUGGGUGGAAAAAAAACAACAACUGCAACAACAACAACCAACACCUCAUUUUCUUGUAGCAUUUGAACAUCUUGGUCUCUUGCUUCAUAGGGUCAGGCUUUGAGAACCACUCUUAUUAGGAUAAUGAGCAGAUCAGUCACAUUUGUAUAGAAAUGGCCUCAUCGUGUAAAAAAGGAAAUGUUGUCUGUUGUCUCUUCAGCUUGAUUGUGGGCACUUCUGGAGCAAGGACCAUGCCAUACUCAUCUUUGCAUCCCUGGCACAGUGCAUGAGACAUCAUAAAUACUUAAUAAACAUGGUUGA